AUAGUAGAUGGCAACGCCAAAACGGACGUGUCAAACCGUAAAGAACCCGGGAUAUUCUGCGGCGAGAGCGAGCAGCCUCAGACCUUUAUGUCCGAAACGUCUUUUGUCAAAGUUCUCUUCCAUGUAGAAAAUUAUACAGAUCAGACAUACCUUAGUUUUGAUACCAGAGCCGAACAACAACUUGUAGUAUAUUUGAGAUACGGCCAACAUCCAGAACUUUAUCCCAACAGGAGAGGGGAAGUUGUGCAAGGGUCAUAUUGUGAGCGAAUAUUUAGAGACUGUCGUCUUCAAACUUGUUACGUUCAAUCACCAGCUUAUCCCGGCAUCUAUCCCAGAAAUUUGCAUUGUAGAUACUACCUAAACACUCGACUGCCUUUUAUCAAGCUCUACAUUGAAAACGAAGAGUUCAACAUCGAUGGCCAGAGAUGUGAAAAUAUUAUGACUUGUCCGAUGAGACCUAUAUCAUCCGGCGAAGAAAACUGUCCGUACGAUUACAUAAAAAUCUACGAUGGAAAAAACGAGUUCAGUCCCGUUAUUGGCACAUUCUGCGGAAUGGGCAAAUUCCCGUACUCCAUUAUUGGCACAUCUCAGGACCUUUUUGUGGAAUUUGUGUCGUCUCCUGCAGGUCCUCUACUAAACACGGGUUUCCACUUUAAUGUUGGAAAUUGGCCUGGUCAUGUGGACACGGCAGGAAGUAGGAAUGGCACAUGCGACUGGUUGCUGUCUUCAGAAAGCCUUAGGGCUUCAGGAGAUUCAGAAGGAAUAUUUCUUUCUGUUGCUCAUUGGUAUCCACCUCACACGAGUUGUACAUAUCUGAUGCAAGGCGAAGAAGAUGAAAUUGUAAGGCUGUAUUUUCCAAGUUUUAGAAUAAAUCGAAUAGAAUCUCCAAUAAAGCCAAUCGAAGGUGACUGCGGUGAAUCGCUGACUCUGUACGAUGCUUCCUGGCCUGAUGAUGCAAAAAUUAUCAAAACAUUCUGUGAUACUUUCUCCAAAGCGAUGGAAAAGCACGAUUUUGUGUCCACCGGCAAUUCGUUGUUUGUCCGUUUCGAAAGCAAAACAGGAAGCUACAGUGGAUCUUCCUUAUACUACUGGGCGCAUUACGACUUCUUUAAUAAUACAAAAUUGGGAGAAGCUGUGCCAGGAAAACAAUGUGAUGAGAUAUUUUCUUCUUGGAAACAAGUUAAAGGUUGGCUGAGAUCGCCGCUGAAUACAUUGGUUUAUAAAACACCUCAAACCAGUGAAGAUGUUAGUUGCUUGUAUAGAUUUGUUACGGACAAGAGGUUAUUCGCAAGAGUUAUAUUAACCAUCAACAAUGUAUAUUUUAAAGAAUCUCCAUACAAUCAUGGUCCAUGCACAAACUGUUUAGAAGACCGUGUCGACAAACUAGUAAUCUGGGAACCUCUUCUACCUGGUGCUAACUCCACUCACCCUCCAAUUUCCCUUAACAAAGCAGCUCAAAACGGUGAUGUCACUUGUAUAUGUAACCGACAAGCCUUCUCUACGCAAAUCAUAUCCAAAGGAGAACAGCUCAAUUUACAAAUGAUCGUUGAUAGCACUCAUAGUGCUCUAAGUUACUUCAAACAUUCUGCUUCACUGUUCGAAGCGACGUAUGAAUUUGUUCACGGUCCACUUUGUGGGCCGGCUACUAUUCAACCCAUUACCGAUGGUGAGAUCCAUUAUCCUUAUUAUGAAGCUAUUGGGUAUGUGGAACCACCAAAAUCGAUAAGAUGUAUAUGGGAAAUAAAAGUAAACCGAGAAAGAGAUUUCUGGCUACACUUCGAUCAAAUCAAGUUUUCAUCAAAAUCCUGUGACGAUGGCAUCGUGGACAUCUUCCUCAAAGGUCGCUUAGACCCGUACCUCUCUGUUUGUGGGGAAAAUGUUUCGCUAGCGAAAGAACUACCUAUUCUUUCUUCGGCUGAACUUAGUCCUGAUGGAACUGAUCCUAGUAUCACGAUUCAGUUUAUAGGUAGAACAUCACCAACACGUGCUGCAUUCAAGAUCGCCUGGACAGAGAUGUUCCAUUUACCCAGGAACGUGGACGGUUCCUCUUUGAUGUCGAGUCGACUGACAGAGGGUGGCAAUCCAGAAGAUCCUCUGGGAGACGGGUGUGAAUUCGCUUGUCCCGGCGAACAGGGGCUGUGCAUCCCAGCCAGGCUCGUCUGUAACGGGGUGGUUAACUGCCCUAACGUCACAGAUUAUAAAGGUACUGCAUAUAGCGACGAAGCUACCGAACUGUGCAUCAAAGAAAACUCUCCCGAAAUAAAUUGGGUGUACGUGGGCAUUGCCACAGUGUCAGUGCUGUUCUUGUUGUGUUGUUGCUGCGUCUGUGCGUGCAAACGCUGUUGUAGGUACUGUUGUAGAGAUGACGAUGAUUAAGAGUUGAUGAUACCAUUUUUUGAGUACAAUCUCAUAUUUUGACUUCCAAUUAUUGAAACGAAAGGAAUUUAAUAGAUGAUAUUUAGUUUUUUAAUAGAAAAACCUAAGAACUAAGGGGCAUAAUGUUCACUGACUUCUUUACAACUAAUAAUAUUAUGCGGUCUAUUAAUUUUUACUGCAGAUUUCUAUACAGAAUAAGUCAAAUGAAAAAUGUAACAUAUGCAGUUAAUACAGUGUAUCAGAACUACCUUUGAAAUAGUCGACCAAUAUAAAAGUUCAACCUACACAAAUCAUAGCAAGGUUAAAAUUUGUCAUGUAUAAAAUAUCGUUCAACUACCUGUCUCCUUUUAUGAGGCUGUCAGCUUUCUCUUUUCCUGCAAAUCCCUUGUGACCUGGCACCUACAUCAAAAGAACUUUGUUGCGUACCGCCAUUUGCUUCAGGUAUUAUUUACAGUUCCAAACCGAUUUUUACUUGCAAGUAAAUGACUUUAGAGCUUUUAAGGUGGCUUGGCUGCCGGAUAACAUACAAAACUUUUGUCCUACGAGUUUCUAGAUUGAGACAAUCUUAGGAACUAACGUAUAUAGCAUGUAUUUCUCCUCAAAGAAAGUUGGGCCUUUUCCAAGAUAUUUGAAUAGCCUGAAAUUGGGCCCAGUAACUCCCACUCGUGCUGUUUCAUCUAUUUUAGAUCAAUCCGUAUACCAUACUAGUCAACCUUCUUCCAGUUUCAACUUCUUCACCCAUUGGACGGUGUUUUAUGAUCACUUCAAAGGUUGUUUCAAAGUCGAAUUUGAUUGUGAUGGCAUCUGUCGUCCUGUCUUUAAAAUCCAAUGGAUUUUCUUCCAAGAUUUUUAGGUGGCCAAUUAGAUUUCCAGGUAUAAAAAUUAUUUGUGUCCAGUGCCGGAUUAACCAUUAGGCAAAGUAGGCAGUUGCCUAGGGGCUUCGGUCCCGAAGGGGGCCUCGCAGGGUCCAACACAAUAACUAGAAUUAUAUAAAAACUAAUAAUCAUAUUAUGUUGAAAAAUUCAAAUAUCGCGCAAUACCGGAAGUGAUGGUACACUGAAUGCCAUUUGGUAGAAGGAACAGUACUACAGAGGGAAAUAAGAAAAACAGAUUCAAGAGUGGAGCAGAAAACACAAGAAAAAGCUGGAAAGAGAAAAGAUCCUUAAGCAGAUCUAAAACAGAAUCAAAACGUAUAACUUUUAAAUAUCAUGCAAUCAUACGAAAAUGAGGCAAACAUGUCAGGCAAAUACAUUGGUCUUCAGGAUCAUUUAUCUAAGAUUAACAAACUUGUAUUUUGCAUUCCUUGUGCAGCACACUCACUUAAUUUAGUUGGAGUAAGUGCUGCUGAAAGUUGAGUUAAAGCAAUAUCGUAUUUUUGGUUUGUUCAGUUCGCGUACAACUUUUUUUCAGCCUCUACGCACCGUUGGGAAUUUAUGAGCAAAUGCUUAAAUGAAACUCCACUAAGCGAUCCCAUUCGCGCCGAUCUAGUUCUUAAAAGCACAAGCAGCACUUGAUGCAACAAUAACUUGGCCUAAAGGUAACAACGCUUUCAAAUCUGCUCUUCAUACUCUUGCUGAAGACACUAAUCGGAAAGCUGAAACAGUGCAUGAGACUAAGUGUUUGUUGAACGAAAUGCCAAAAAAAAGAAACAUUCAGAAUGAAUAAGUUUUACAAUUUUAGAACGCAUCAACGCUGUCAGUAAUUCAUCAGGAUAGUAAAACUCUCCUGAUGAUAUUGAAUCUGAAAUUGAAGAUGAACGAGAUAGUCCUGUCGCCAGGGGGGGUACAACGGCCUCCUUAAUUCAGAUGGACUUACCCAAGUUUUUUUUAUAUAUUUUGACCCGCAGAAUACGAAUUUUUUGGGUAACAGUU